CGGCGUCGCGGCCCCAGGUCACGAAGGUAGGUCAGAGUAAAGAUGGCGGCCGCGGCUUUGAGGAGUGCCAUGGUCACGCGAAAGAGCCGGCCCAUUGCUUUUGUUAGAGACAUUCCCUGGACUGCGGCCUCGAAUGAGCUGAGAGAGCACUUUGGACAGUUCGGCCGUGUACGAAGGUGCACACUACCUUUUGACAGAGAGACUGGCUUUCACAAAGGUAUAGCUUGGAUUGUGUUUUCUUCUUCAGAAGAGCUUCAGAAUGCACUACAGCAGGAAAAUCAUACUAUCGAUGGAGUAAAGGUCCAGGUUCAAGCUCAAAAGCCAAGUUUUGCAAGGGAAUCAAGCAUCUGAUGAAGAGAAAGAUUUUUGAGAAUACUAGUCCCUAUUAGAUAAAGUAAACAAAACUAAAAUGUU